AUGCCGCAGGCCGACGAACGAGAACCUUUGGAUUUUCUCGAGGCCGAGAGGCUCUGGAGUCCGUUCAGUGACCCGGAAAGGGUACCGACUCUUUUCAAUACACCUGGCGCGAAGUUGGACGUAUGGGAGACAGGACUACGCAAUAAAUUCCCAGAGGAUAUUCUGUCACUUUCUAAGCCUGAUGCGAUUCGCAAGCAUUUUAUUCGAUCUGAGAAAGACCCUCAUAUCCGCCAUGUCUUUAUCGGGUCAAACGACUCUAGAUCGCCAAUGAAUUGCUCUCCUGAAGUAUUCCGAUUCAUUUGUGCCUAUCACCAAGUUGAGCCUUUCUUCCUGGAGGCUGUUCUUUCGUUCGGAAGACAACCGUAUCCAAUCGAUUACUGCCUGGCCCAUUUCAGGUCAAAGACACUUGUAGAAUGCAAGGCCCCAGUUUCUCACGCACUUCCGAAGUUUGGGAGGUCAGGAAAUUCAACUCACGUAUCAUACUUGUUACGUUCCGUCGAGCACUCAGGGGCAAAGGGUAUCGAGGGAUGGCAGAUCAGACAAGCUGCAAAUUACCACACCUUUGACCUCGAGACUGGACGAUCUUUCUGGUUCACUAUCAAGGCCAACAAAAUUUUCAAGAAUCGCAUCAAGGACCUGACUCCCCGGUUGAGAAUUCCCACCAAACCAGAAACCGCGGAUGGCAAUAUCGUUCCGUAUCUGAAGGCAUCUCUGGACACCCACCUGCUUUACAUUUCCUGGUGUGACGAGGGCUGGCGUGACUUCAUCAACGACUUUGAAACCUCGAUCAGGAACAUCGUGCUUCCCGCAAAAACUGCGCUAGUUGAUGAUCAUAUCAAUCCUGAGUCCUCUCAGUAUGACGUUCUGCCAUGGGCAUUGCAACAAAAGCGAAGGCAACGCACUAUGUCGCAUGGCCAAUCCAGAGCUAACACCGGGCUCACCAGCAAUCAUAGUGAGAAAAGGGCUCCGAGUACGGUUCAAGAGCGAGUCUUUUCCUUCAGUCACUCAUUUUUUGGGUUGAAGACGACUAAACCAGAUGAGGAACAGGGACUUCAAUCGGAAAACGCAGCAAACCAUCGGCAAACCCUCAACUCAGGACUUGACCCGUCCGGAUCCCUGGACAAAUUACGUAUCAAAGAUGUUCAGACUCUUUACAGUCGGUCAGAGCUAAUGCAGAGGUCGCUCUUGGUAUUGGAGCUGAACACUGGGGUAUUACGUGAUCUCCAUGUCUAUUAUAGCAAUUUAACGAAGACUGAACUCAAAGAUCCGAAGUAUAAAGACGUCGUGGAUGAUUUUCUAAGGAGACUUGAGUCAAUCAUCAGAAGGCUCGAGACGAGACGAGCACAGCUGAACUCACUCUCUACGCAUCUCACUCAGAGCAUUCAGCUGCGAUCGAAUCAGAUUGGAAUGGAUUUUGCGGAUGUUGCCCACGAAUCAAACAGACAGAUGAAUAUGGUUGCCAACAAGACAUCCAGACAGACAGCUUCUAUGCAUGUCAUCACUGUCGUAACCCUAAUCUUUCUACCCGCCACAUUCGUUGCAACUUUCUUUCAAAGCGGAGUGUUGGCCCAGGACGACGAUACCGGUGCUUUCAGUUUUCAGCGGGAGAGUUUUCGACUCUUUGGCCUUGUUUGUGGGCCAUUGACAGCCGUCACGAUCGGAACUUGGUUGGUGGUAUUCGUGAGUUUGAAGUGGAAGGCGAAGAAACAGGCUCGGGCUGAGAAAGAUCAGCGUGUUGGAACGUGGGGGGAAGAGGACAUUAAACGACUGUAA